CAGUGCAUACGUACACUUUCUUUUCCUCAUCUUCCUUCCUUCCUUCCUUCCGUAGCUCCUCCCCCCUCUCUCUCUCUCUCUCUCUCUCUGAAGCUACCCAUACACUCACACAUGCAUAUAUCUAUAUUUAUAUACAUAUAUAGAAACAAUUGAUGAGCCAGUAAGCACCUCCGAUUCAUUGAUAUCGAGCUGCUGGUAGGGAGAUAAUGACAAUGGACCGAACGCAGACGUCGCAGUCAUCGGAUCAGUCAAGGUCGUCGUCGUCCCCGAUAGUGCUGUCGAUCGAGUGCCUGAAGGGGAGCUCGAAGGCGGAGGAGUGGACGGGGGACAUGCUGCAGACCGGGGACAUUGUCGAGGAGCUCCGGAUCGGCGGGGGGUCGGUGACGAUAAGGCCGCCGUUCAAGAACGGGAAAAUCGGCGUGCAGAAGAUACUGCACAGCUCAUUCAAGAGCAAGGACACGUCCAUCGUGGUCAGGGUCCGCCGGGGCCCAGCCGAGUUCUCCGAGCUGCAGGCCUGCAUCGUCCCCUGCAGCGACUCCUUCGGGAAGAACAAGCAGUACAUGCUUCGCUCCAUCGACGACCCCAACUACGCCGUCGGCUUCUGCGACCGCUCCGAGUCCGACUGCCUCCACCUCAUAGCUUCAAGGAGUUCAAGGAUGGUGAAGGCGCUAACCAGGACCCCGCUUCAGGAUGGAUACGUUUCUUAUAGAUGGGAGAAGAAGCUGAAUCAGCUCCUUCAAGUUCCAAACUCAAGCUGUUUCCUUUCCAUACUCUUCCUUCCGAAAGCUUCUGAUCGAAUUGGCUCUCGAUAUAAUGACUUGGAAGACACCCUUGCUAGAGCAAAUGCAUGGCUUAAUGCAUCCCAAGCCUCUGGCGUCCCGAUCAUUUUCAUGAACAUUCAAACCGAGUCCCUGCUCACAAAGAUUUCCGGGGAGACGGCUUCUUCCACAGCGAAUACUGGUUCAUUGUCUGAUUUAUCCAAUCUUGCCAAUGCGAGCUUGUAUGGUUUCGAGGACUACCAUGGCGUGGACAUUGGAGUUGUGAGGGCAGUUCGUCUCUGGUAUGCUCCUCUCGGAGGAGAGAUUCCAAUAGAGAUCAAGCUCAAAGAAGGUGACACGAAGCUCGGGUUUGCCAUCAGCCGCACAGAAGAGGGGUUUAUUUAUAUCUCUUCUGUCAUCGAUGGAGAUGACGACGCACCCUCCACCAGAUCGGGGCUCCAGAACCUGUACAGGGAAGCCAUCAGCAAGUCUCAACUUUUAGCCGUCUCCAGGAUUUCAAACCAGAAAGUCCUUCCAUGGAUCGCCUCUUCGACGGGAGCCAUUCGAUGCUAUGACACCGUUUCCCUCAGCCAAAAGCUCUCCUUGCACAGGCACGCAAAGAUGCCCAUCCUUAUCCACCUUAUCCUAUGGGACAAACCGACCUUGCCACAGAAAUCGGACAGCUCUAACUUCAUGGCUGCUCCAAUACCAUUGCCCCCUGAAGUCGACUUGGCAAGGCAGCCAAAUGAGAAUCAGGUGCAGCCUCUCCCUCCCGGCAUGUCCAAUGAUGAUACCAUCAGUAACAAGCCUGACGUCAUACUCAAUAGGGAUACAGCUGGGGACAUCUCAUUCAGGUUUCAUGAUUUCUCGACCCCAAACAACUGGGUGUGAAGUUAUUGUACGGGGAUGAAUAUAUGUUAUAUCAUAUGUCAUGAAGCUUCUUUGCUUUCUCUGUGCUUUGUAAAUAUGUAGAGAUCAAUCUGAGUUGUUGAGGUCUUUUAAGCAGAGCAGAUAUGUGCUUUUCGUACUGCAAAGGGAUUGAUCAUCACAAAAUCUGCUUCUUCCAUGAAUUUGGAGACAAAGGACAUCUACUGACUUUUAAGCACUAUUUAACGUCGUUUUUUCCAUGUUAUAUGGCUUGUAAUAUUCCGAUGGCAAGUGGACCUUCCCCUUUGUUUCAAUGUUUCCUCUUCGAAAUUUGGUUCCGAAUCUCAUCAUAUUUCGUUAGAAAGAUGGAGGUUUUAACACAUUUCCUGUGAUUCAGCGACUGGAGGUU